CUUCUCACACAAAACUGCCACCUCUCUUCUUUCUUUUUCUCUCUCUCUCUCAAUUGAAGAAGAAGAAGAAUUAAAAAAGAGAAGCGAUCCACAAUGUUGUCGGUAGCGGCCGCGGAAGCUCAGAAUCCGGAGCUCUCAUCUCACGCGCUGCCGCAGACUCCAUCGACGGAGGAAACUCACAUCUUCGUCUCCAAACUCCCCACCAUUCCAAUCUCCAACGACAUUCCCCUCCACACCUACUGCUUCCAGAACUGCUCCGAUUACCCCGACCGCCCCUGCCUCCUCGUCGGCACCGGCGCCGGCAAUUCCUACACCUUCGCCGAGACGCACCUCAUCUGCCGCAAGGUCGCCGCCGGCCUCUCCAGCCACGGGAUUAAGAAAGGCGACGUCGUGAUGGCGCUCCUCCAGAACUGCGCCGAGUUCGUCUUCACAUUCAUGGGCGCGUCGAUGAUCGGCGCCGUCACCACCACCGCCAACCCCUUCUGCACCUCCAACGAGAUCUUCAAGCAGUUCAGAGCGUCCAAGUCGAAGAUGAUCGUCACGCAGGCCAUGUACGUCGACAAGCUCCGCGACACCGGCGACGAAUCCAUCGUCUUCGGAGAGGAUUUCUCCGUGGUCACCAUCGACGCGCCGCCGGAGGGCUGCCUGCCUUUCUCGGCGCUUUCCGAGGCGGACGAGGCGGCCUUGCCCGAGGUGGAGAUCGAUCCGAACGACGCCGUGGCGCUGCCGUUCUCGUCCGGGACCACGGGGCUGCCCAAGGGCGUCAUUCUCACGCACAAGAGCUUGAUCACGAGCAUCGCGCAGCAGGUGGACGGGGUGAAUCCCAAUUUGUAUUUGAAGCCCGACGACGUCGUUUUGUGCGUGCUCCCGCUCUUCCACAUCUACUCGCUGAAUUCGGUGCUGCUCUGCUCGCUGAGGGCCGGCGCGGGGGUUUUGCUGAUGCAGAAAUUCGAGAUCGGCUCGCUGCUGGAGCUCAUUCAGCGCCACCGCGUGUCCGUGGCAGCGGUGGUGCCGCCGCUUGUGCUGGCGCUGGCGAAGAAUCCUCUGGUGGAUAACUUCAACCUCAGCUCGAUUAGGAUGGUUUUGUCUGGGGCGGCGCCGCUUGGGAAGGAGCUGGAAGCGGCUCUGCUCAGCCGCCUGCCGCAAGCGGUUUUUGGACAGGGUUACGGCAUGACUGAGGCCGGGCCGGUCUUAUCUAUGUCGCCGUCCUUCGCUAAGUUGCCACUACCAACCAAGUCCGGUUCAUGCGGCAAUGUGGUCCGCAACGCUGAGCUCAAAGUCGUCGACCCGGACACUGGCUGCUCCCUCCCCCGCAACCAACCGGGCGAAAUUUGCAUCCGUGGACCCCAGAUCAUGAAAGGGUACUUAAAUGAUGCGGAGGCGACUGCUAGAACCAUAGACGUGGACGGCUGGCUUCACACCGGAGACAUCGGGUAUGUGGACGACGAUGACGAUGUUUUCAUUGUAGAUAGGGUCAAGGAACUCAUCAAAUUCAAAGGCUUUCAGGUUCCACCAGCUGAGCUGGAGGCUCUUCUCAUCUCCCAUCCCCAAAUUUCUGAUGCUGCUGUCGUGCCGCAAAAAGAUGAAGCUGCUGGUGAAGUUCCUGUUGCCUUUGUAGUUCCAUCAAAUGGUUGCGAACUUACUGAAGAAGUUGUUAAAGAAUUCAUCUCCAAACAGGUGGUGUUUUAUAAGAGACUACACAAAGUCUACUUUGUUCACUCAAUUCCCAAGUCUACAUCUGGUAAAAUAUUAAGGAAAGAUCUGAGAGCUAAGCUUGCGGCGGCAGCAAACUCCACCACUUAAUUCUAUAUAUAUUCAACCUCCGGAAAUAUUUAUUUUUGUUUUAUCAUUUACUAAGUCGCGUCUAUUUAUUACGGAGUAGUACUUUUUUUCAUGUUUAUAUAAUUUAUUUGUGUAAGCAAACAGUUUUUUGUCAUGUAAUUGUUUGUAAUAAUUAUCUCACUAUUUAUUCGAGCCAUUGAAUCUUUGCAAUAA